GCGCGGGGCUCCGCGACGGCGCCUGGUUUUCUCUUCUUUUUGGAACUGUGGCAGUGAAGGAGAGUUGGAGUCCGAGCCACUCGUUAGGUGCUUUCGUCUCGAUUCCUCCGCGCGGACCCACGCGAGCCCCACGGUGUCUGGGAUGGUCUGCGCUCCCGGCCGCUAGAGCCCGGGUCUCUCCGGCAGGAAGCUGGGGGCGCAGAGGCUGAGCUGCGCCGCCGCUCGAGGAUCCGCCGCGGGCUGCUCGGGGACCAAGGGCUGCAGGGUGAGAGUGGGGCCGAGGGCUGCGCGUGGCAGAAGGGCUGGAGCCCGGCGGCCGAGACACGUUGGCUUCGGAGAGGGUUCCGCGUCGAGAACUCCCCGGCCGCUACUGAACUGCGCCCCAGGAGCCGGGCUAGGGGACAGCGCUCUGCCGUCGCCCCGCUGCCGCGCCGCGCAGCGCGCAGGACCCUCGCAAACUGUCCCCCCUCCACUGCCCCUGCCCCUGCCCCCUGAAGAAACUGCCGCCGCCGCCGCCGAAUUCGGGAUUCUGCACUGCACGGGCCGGCCGCAGAGGGUCGGGCGCCUGCCUAGGUGGCUGCCAAGAGCCUGGUGAGCGGCUGCCCAGAGCCCGGCGGGCUAGGGGCGGCCGAGAGUCCCAGGAGCGCGCCCUCGGGGCAGAGAGCGAAGCGGCUCGCGCCCAGAUCAUGCCCGGGAGGCUGCGAGCCGCCGGCGGCAGGAGGCCCUAGGCGGGCAUGGACCUGGCGUCCCGGCCCUAGGGACCCUCGAGCCUCCCAGCUCUGCUUGGACUCGCCGGACCGACGCAAUGGCCUCGGAGGUGGUGUGUGGGCUUGUCUUCAGGCUGCUGCUGCCUAUCUGCCUGGCAGUAGCAUGUGCAUUCCGGUACAAUGGGCUCUCCUUUGUCUACCUUAUCUACCUCUUGCUCAUUCCUCUGUUCUCAGAACCAACAAAAGCCACAAUGCAAGGACACACAGGACGGUUGUUGAAGUCUCUGUGCCUCACCAGCCUCUCCUUCCUGUUGCUGCACAUCAUUUUCCACAUCACGUUGGCCAGCCUUGAAGCUCAGCACCGCAUUGCACCUGGUUACAAUUGCUCAACGUGGGAAAAGACAUUUCGACAGAUUGGCUUUGAAAGCUUAAAAGGAGCUGAUGCCGGCAAUGGAAUCAGAGUGUUUGUACCUGACAUUGGCAUGUUCAUUGCGAGUCUGGCCAUCUGGCUCAUCUGUAGAAAUAUCGUUCAGAAACCAGUGACGGAAGAAGCGGCACAAUAUAAUCCAGAGUUCGAGAAUGAAGAAUUGGCUGGAGGAGAGAAAGUGGAUCCAGAAGAGGCGCUGAUUUACGACGAGGAUUUUGAUGGAGGCGAUGGUGUCGAGGGGGAGCUGGAAGAAAGCACCAAACUAAAACUGUUCCGCAGGUUCGCCUCCGCGGCAUCCAAGCUCAAGGAGUUCAUUGGCAACAUGAUUACCACCGCGGGGAAGGUGGUUGUGACCAUUCUACUGGGCUCCUCAGGUAUGAUGCUGCCAUCUUUGACGUCGUCUGUAUAUUUUUUUGUGUUUCUGGGUCUGUGCACCUGGUGGUCCUGGUGCCGGACAUUCGACCCACUGCUGUUCAGCUGCCUCUGUGUUCUGCUGGCCAUUUUCACGGCUGGACACCUGAUUGGACUGUAUUUGUACCAGUUCCAGUUCUUCCAAGAAGCAGUACCACCCAACGACUACUACGCAAGGUUGUUUGGUAUCAAAUCAGUCAUUCAAACAGACUGUUCCAGUACUUGGAAGAUCAUAGUAAACCCAGAGUUGUCAUGGUACCACCACGCCAACCCCAUCCUCCUGCUGGUGAUGUAUUACACACUGGCAACUCUCAUCCGGAUCUGGCUACAAGAACCCCUGGUGCAGGAGGACAAGACCAAGGAAGAGGACAGAGCCCUGGCCUGUAGCCCCAUCCCGAUCACGGCUGAGAGGAGGCGGAGCCUCUGGUACGCCACCCAUUACCCAACCGAUGAGAGAAAACUUUUAUCCAUGACCCAAGAUGACUACAAGCCAUCUGAUGGCCUGCUGGUGACCGUGAAUGGCAACCCCGUGGACUACCACACCAUCCACCCCAGCCUGCCUGUGGAGAACGGCCCUGCCAAGGCUGACCUGUACUCAACACCCCAGUAUCGCUGGGAGCCAUCUGGUGAAUCCUCAGAAAAGAAAGAGGAAGAAGAGGAUGAGAAAGAAGAAUUUGAAGAGGAAAGGAGCCACGAGGAAAAAAGAAGUGUGAAAGUUCAUGCCAUGGUCUCUGUGUUCCAGUUUAUUAUGAAACAAAGUUAUAUCUGUGCCCUCAUUGCGAUGAUGGCUUGGAGCAUCACCUAUCACAGCUGGUUGACUUUUGUGCUGCUCAUUUGGUCCUGCACUCUCUGGAUGAUUCGCAACAGGAGAAAAUAUGCCAUGAUCAGCUCUCCUUUCAUGGUUGUGUAUGGAAAUCUACUGCUGGUAUUGCAGUAUAUAUGGAGUUUUGAACUUCCAGAAAUUAAGAAGGUUCCAGGAUUUUUAGAAAAGAAAGAGCCAGGAGAACUUGCUUCAAAGAUUCUCUUCACCAUCACUUUCUGGCUCCUGCUAAGGCAACACCUCACAGAGCAGAAGGCCCUUCGAGAAAAGGAAGCCCUUUUAGCUGAAGUCAAAAUUGGAAGUGAGGAAAAUGAGGAGAAAGACGAGGACCUUCAAGACAUACCAGUGGAAGGGGAGCCUCAAGGGAAGGAGGAGGAAGAGACACCAAAGGAGGAGAAGCCAGAGAGAAAGAAGGAGGUGGAGGAGGAGGAGGUGGAGGAGGAAGACGACCAGGACAUCAUGAAGGUGCUGGGCAACCUGGUGGUGGCCAUGUUCAUCAAGUACUGGAUCUAUGUGUGCGGGGGCAUGUUCUUCUUCGUCAGCUUUGAGGGCAAGAUCGUGAUGUACAAAAUCAUCUACAUGGUGCUGUUCCUCUUCUGUGUAGCCUUGUACCAGGUGCACUAUGAAUGGUGGAGGAAAAUUCUGAAAUAUUUCUGGAUGUCGGUGGUUAUUUACACUAUGCUGGUGCUCAUCUUUAUAUACACAUAUCAGUUUGAAAACUUCCCAGGCCUGUGGCAAAAUAUGACUGGAUUGAAAAAAGAAAAGCUUGAGGACCUUGGUUUAAAGCAGUUCACAGUGGCUGAGCUCUUCACCCGCAUUUUCAUCCCAACCUCCUUCCUGCUGGUGUGCAUCCUGCACCUGCACUAUUUCCACGACCGCUUCCUGGAACUCACAGACCUCAAAUCCAUCCCCAGCAAAGAAGACAGCACCAUCUACAGAUUGGCCCACCCAGAAGGAAGUCUUCCAGACCUCGCGGCAUUGAACUUCACUGCCAGCCUGGAGAAGCCGGAAGUGAAGAAGUUGACUGAGCUUGCAGAGGAGACGCCAGAGGGGUGCUUGGAGAAGGGUGAGCCUGGGAAAGACAGCGAGGAGUCUGAGGUGGAGGAAGAUGAAGAGGAGGAGUCCGAGGAGGAGGAAGAAGCAUCGGAUCUAAAGAACAAGUGGCAUCUGGUGAUUGACCGCCUCACUGUGCUCUUCUUGAAAUUCCUGGAGUAUUUUCACAAUCUGCAGGUGUUCGUGUGGUGGAUUCUCGAGCUGCACAUCAUCAAAAUUGUUUCAUCGUACAUUGUCUGGGUUUCCGUGAAGGAGGUCUCUCUGUUCAACUAUGUAUUUUUGAUUUCAUGGGCAUUUGCUCUACCGUAUGCCAAGCUACGCCGCCUGGCUUCCAGUGUCUGCACUGUCUGGACGUGUGUGAUCAUCGUCUGCAAAAUGUUGUACCAGCUUCAGACCAUUAAGCCCGAGAACUUUUCUGUUAACUGUUCCUUGCCAAAUGAAAAUCAAACGAACAUACCCCUUCAGGAGUUGAACAAGUCUCUGCUCUACAGCGCUCCCAUUGAUCCGACAGAGUGGGUUGGCCUCAGAAAGUCUUCUCCUUUGCUUGUCUACCUGAGGAAUAAUCUCCUGAUGCUAGCUAUUCUGGCCUUUGAAGUCACCAUUUAUCGCCAUCAGGAAUACUACCGAGGUCGAAAUAACCUCACAGCUCCUGUAUCUAAAACUAUCUUUCACGAUAUAACAAGGCUGCAUCUGGAUGAUGGGCUGAUCAACUGUGCCAAGUAUUUCAUCAACUACUUCUUCUACAAAUUUGGUUUGGAGACCUGUUUCCUAAUGUCAGUGAACGUGAUCGGUCAACGGAUGGAUUUCUACGCCAUGAUUCACGCCUGCUGGCUCAUCGCGGUCUUGUAUCGCCGCAGAAGAAAAGCCAUCGCUGAGGUCUGGCCCAAAUACUGCUGCUUCCUGGCCUGCAUCAUCACCUUCCAGUACUUCAUCUGCAUUGGCAUCCCCCCUGCCCCCUGCCGAGAUUACCCAUGGAGGUUCAAAGAUGCCAACUUCAACGACAACAUCAUCAAGUGGCUGUACUUCCCAGACUUCAUCGUGCGGCCCAACCCCGUGUUCCUUGUCUAUGAUUUCAUGCUGCUCCUCUGUGCCUCCCUGCAACGGCAGAUUUUUGAGGAUGAAAACAAGGCUGCUGUGCGAAUCAUGGCCGGCGACAACGUCGAGAUUUGCAUGAACCUCGAUGCGGCCUCGUUCAGCCAACACAACCCUGUACCGGAUUUCAUUCACUGCAGAUCUUACUUAGACAUGUCCAAAGUGGUCAUCUUCAGCUACCUCUUCUGGUUCGUCCUGACAAUCAUCUUCAUCACUGGGACAACCAGGAUCAGCAUCUUCUGCAUGGGAUACUUGGUGGCCUGUUUCUACUUCCUGCUCUUCGGGGGCGACUUGCUUCUGAAGCCCAUCAAGAGCAUCCUGCGCUACUGGGAUUGGCUGAUUGCAUACAAUGUGUUCGUGAUCACCAUGAAAAAUAUCUUGUCGAUAGGAGCUUGUGGGUACAUUGGAACGCUGGUGAAGAACAGCUGCUGGGUGAUCCAAGCUUUCAGCCUGGCCUGCACAGUCAAAGGCUAUAAAAUGCCUGAUGAUGACUCAUCCUGCAAACUACCGAGUGGUGAAGCAGGAAUUAUUUGGGAUAGCAUAUGCUUUGCCUUCCUCCUGCUUCAAAGAAGAGUGUUCAUGAGUUAUUACUUCCUACAUGUCGUGGCUGACAUAAAAGCCUCACAGAUCCUGGCAUCAAGAGGGGCUGAACUUUUCCAGGCCACAAUUGUAAAGGCUGUAAAGGCAAGAAUUGAGGAAGAGAAAAAGUCCAUGGAUCAGCUUAAAAGACAGAUGGAUCGCAUCAAGGCCAGGCAACAGAAAUACAAAAAGGGUAAGGAGAGGAUGCUGAGCUUGACCCAGGAGUCAGGGGAAGGCCAGGACAUCCAAAAACUCUCUGAAGAGGAUGAUGAAAGAGAAGCAGAAAAACAGAAAGCCAAGGGCAAAAAAAAGCAGUGGUGGCGGCCUUGGGUUGAUCAUGCUUCCAUGGUCAGGAGUGGAGAUUAUUAUUUGUUUGAAACGGAUAGUGAAGAAGAAGAAGAGGAAGAAUUAAAGAAGGAAGAUGAAGAACCGCCCCGGAAGUCAGCUUUCCAGUUUGUCUACCAAGCCUGGAUCACCGACCCUAAAACUGCCCUCCGACAGAGGCGGAAAGAGAAAAAGAGAUCCGCAAGAGAAGGCCAGAAAGGAAGGCGGAAAGGCUCUGGGGACGGUGCGGUGGAAUGGGAAGACCGAGAGGAUGAGCCUGUCAAAAAGAAAUCCGAUGGCCCAGACAACAUCAUCAAAAGGAUAUUUAACAUCUUGAAGUUCACCUGGGUGCUGUUUCUGGCGACCGUGGACAGUUUCACUACGUGGCUGAACUCCAUCUCCAGAGAGCACAUUGACAUAUCCACAGUUUUGAGAAUUGAGAGAUGCAUGCUGACCAGGGAAAUUAAGAAGGGCAAUGUUCCGACACGGGAGAGCAUCCACAUGUACUAUCAGAACCACAUUAUGAACCUUUCCAGAGAGUCGGGACUGGAUACCAUUGACCAACGUCCUGGAGCUGCCGCAGGGGCACAGCCAGCGCACAGGAUGGAUAGCUUAGAUUCACAUGACAGUAUCUCCAGCUGCUACACUGAAGCAACCAUGCUGUUCUCAAGGCAGUCUACCCUUGAUGAUUUAGAUGGACCAGACACGGUUCCCAAAACAAGUGAGCGCGCACGGCCUAGGCUCCGUAAAAUGUUCAGCAUGGAUGUGUCCUCUUCAUCUGCUGACAGUGGCAGUUUAGCGUCAAGCGAGCCCACGCAGUGCACCAUGCUGUACUCACGCCAGGGAACGACGGAAACCAUCGAGGAGGUGGAGGCUGAGCAGGAGGAGGAGGUGCUGGGAGCAGCACCCCAGCCCGGGGAUGCUGAGGCCGAGGAGGAGGAGGAGGAGGAGGCGGAGGAGGAGGAAGUAGAGGAGGCAGAGGAAGAGAGGGAGGAGGAAGAGGAGUUCCCCGUGGGGGCUGAGGACUCCAGCCUCACGCCGGAGGAGGAGCUGCCGCAGUUCAGCACGGAGGACGGGGAUGUGGAGGCCCCGCCCUCCUACAGCAAGGCCGUGAGCUUCGACCACCUGUCCUUCGGCUCACAGGACGACUCCGGGGCCAAGAACCACAUGGUGGUGAGCCCCGACGACAGCCGCACCGACAAGCUGGAGUCCAGCAUCCUCCCCGCCCUGACCCACGAGCUGACCGCCAGCGAGCUGCUGCUGAACAAGAUGUUCCACGAUGAUGAGCUUGAAGAGUCGGAGAAGUUCUACGUGGGCCAGCCCCGGUUCCUGCUGCUCUUUUAUGCCAUGUACAACACGCUGGUGGCACGCUCCGAGAUGGUGUGCUACUUUGUGAUCAUCCUCAACCACAUGGUCUCUGCCUCCAUGAUCACCCUCCUGCUCCCCAUUCUGAUCUUCCUCUGGGCCAUGCUGUCUGUGCCCAGACCCAGCCGGCGCUUCUGGAUGAUGGCCAUUGUCUACACUGAGGUGGCAAUUGUAGUCAAGUAUUUCUUCCAGUUUGGGUUCUUUCCCUGGAAUAAGAACGUGGAAUUGAACAAAGAUAAACCGUACCACCCCCCAAAUAUCAUAGGAGUGGAAAAGAAGGAAGGUUACGUUCUUUACGACCUCAUUCAGCUCCUGGCUCUGUUCUUCCACCGCUCGAUAUUGAAGUGCCAUGGCCUCUGGGAUGAAGAUGACAUUGUUGAAAGUGGCACCGACAAGGACGAGUCCGACGAUGAGCUCUCCCUUGGUCACGGCCGAAGGGGCUCCUGCGACUCACUGAAGUCCAUCAACCUGGCUGCCUCGGUGGAGUCAGUGCACGUGACCUUCCCCGAGCAGCAGAUGGCCGUACGCAGGAAGCGGUCUGGCGGCAGCUCCCAGAUCUCCCCAACAUCCAGCUUUUCUUCAAACAGGUCCAGAAGAGGGAGUACAAGCACCCGGAACAGUAGCCAAAAAGGCAGUGUUUUGAGCAUUAAGCAAAAAAGCAAAAGGGAACUCUACAUGGAAAAGCUUCAGGAACAUUUAAUCAAAGCGAAAGCCUUUACCAUAAAGAAGACUCUGCAAAUAUACGUGCCCAUCAGACAAUUCUUCUAUGACCUCAUCCACCCAGACUACAGUGCCGUGACUGAUGUCUACGUGCUCAUGUUCCUAGCUGACACCGUGGACUUCAUCAUCAUUGUCUUUGGCUUUUGGGCCUUUGGGAAACACUCGGCAGCAGCAGACAUCACCUCUUCCCUCUCGGAGGACCAGGUCCCGGGUCCCUUUUUGGUGAUGGUUCUGAUUCAGUUUGGAACCAUGGUGGUGGAUCGAGCACUCUACCUCAGGAAGACUGUAUUGGGCAAGGUCAUCUUCCAGGUCAUCCUUGUGUUUGGAAUUCACUUCUGGAUGUUCUUCAUCUUACCUGGCGUGACUGAGAGGAAAUUCAGCCAGAACCUGGUUGCCCAGCUUUGGUACUUUGUGAAGUGUGUCUACUUCGGAUUGUCUGCCUACCAGAUCCGCUGUGGCUACCCCACGCGCGUCCUCGGGAACUUCCUUACCAAGAGCUACAACUACGUCAACCUCUUCCUGUUUCAGGGGUUCCGCCUCGUCCCGUUUCUGACCGAGCUGAGGGCAGUGAUGGACUGGGUGUGGACAGACACGACUCUGAGCCUCUCCAGCUGGAUCUGCGUGGAGGACAUCUAUGCUCACAUAUUCAUCCUCAAGUGUUGGCGGGAGUCGGAAAAGAGGUACCCCCAGCCCCGGGGCCAGAAGAAGAAGAAGGUGGUGAAGUACGGCAUGGGAGGCAUGAUCAUCGUCCUGCUCAUUUGCAUCGUCUGGUUUCCUCUCCUCUUUAUGUCCUUGAUCAAAUCCGUCGCCGGGGUCAUCAACCAGCCCCUGGAUGUGUCUGUCACAAUUACCCUGGGAGGGUAUCAGCCUAUUUUCACCAUGAGUGCCCAGCAAAGCCAACUGAAAGUUAUGAACCAGACAACGUUUAAUAAGUUUAUAAAAGAUUUUUCUAGAGACACCGGUGCUAUGCAAUUUCUGGAAAAUUAUGAAAAAGAAGACAUAACAGUUGCAGAACUGGAAGGAAACUCAAAUUCUUUGUGGACCAUCAGCCCUCCCAGUAAGCGGAAAAUGAUACAAGAGCUCACGGACCUCAAGAGUAGCUUCUCUGUUGUUUUUUCAUGGAGUAUUCAGAGAAACAUGAGUCUGGGUGCAAAAGCAGAGAUAGCCACAGAUAAGCUUUCUUUUGCUCUUGAAAAUGUCACGCGAGAGAAUAUAGCCAAGAUGAUAGCUGGCAACGACACAGAGAGUUCAAAAACGCCCGUGAUAAUAGAAAAGAUCUACCCGUAUUAUGUGAAAGCACCUAGUGAUUCUAACUCAAAACCUAUAAAGCAACUGUUAUCCGAAAAUAAUUUCAUGAACAUCACCAUUAUUUUGUAUAGAGACAAUGCAACUAAAUCCAACAGUGAGUGGUGGGUUCUCAACCUGACUGGAAAUAGGAUCUAUGAGCAGCAGUCCCAGGCCUUGGAACUGGUGGUCUUCAAUGACAAAGUCAGCCCCCCAAGUCUGGGGUUCCUGGCUGGCUAUGGCAUCAUGGGAUUGUACGCUUCGGUGGUCCUCGUGAUUGGGAAAUUUGUCCGUGAAUUCUUCAGCGGGAUUUCACACUCCAUCAUGUUUGAGGAGCUCCCAAAUGUAGAUCGGAUUUUGAAGCUAUGCACAGACAUUUUUUUAGUUCGGGAGACAGGAGAACUGGAACUAGAAGAAGAUCUCUAUGCCAAAUUAAUAUUCCUCUACCGAUCACCGGAGACCAUGAUCAAAUGGACCAGAGAGAAAACAAACUGAUAACCUUAGGACCCAGGCUGCAAAGAAAGCUAACAUCUGAAUUUUUUUAAAAAAGCACAAUAUUCUCAUAAGAGCUAAGCAUUUCUAGUUCGAUGGAAAUGAUUUCUCUUCUGACCGGUGGCGCAAAGGAGCUGACUUCCUUUUGCAACAGAAGCUACCACAGCAGUGAGGGCGCCGUUGAAGGAGUUCCUUUUAAUUCCGUGUCUCUGACAUCAGGGCUAUUUGCUUUUAUGUUUUAGUCAACCGUGUCUUGCAUUCUGAUGGACAAUGUGAAGGAAUCACAUGCGAGCCCUCCCUACUACAGAGAAUAGAGGGAGGAUGAAAGAAAGGCGCCUCCAAGUGGUACCCAGCGGGAUGGCGCCUUUGCUGGAGAGACGCUGUCCUGCAUCCAGCUCUCCAGCACCCAGUGGAAGCCGCGCGAGGAGACUGGAGGAGCCUUCAGCACACUCCAAGUAUAUAACAGCAAUAGGAGGCGGAGAACUCCCCACCCUGUGUCUUAGCGGGGAGAGAGAGGGGGAACGAACAAAUCCACAACGAUGUCCCUGGAAGGAUAACGCCUCGCUCUAAGCAAAAAGAUACCAUUAGCGAUACUCUUACUGCCUUAUCGUAACUGAAGACGAAUAAGAAAUCUUUCCAUGAAACACCAGUGACUUCUCAGGAAAACAUUACAAGCAGCAAAGAAACUUCGUGGACACCUGCUUAGCUGACCCAGGAGUGGCUCACUGCGUUGAUGUGAGCGCUGUGCUUCGGUUUCUGCUCUUCGUGGAAACAGAUGUGGGACAAAAGACCCGAAGGCCAACCCGGUGGGAUGUGGAAUAUUCUGACUUUGGAACUCUCGCGUAACUGAGGUCAUGAGGGCUCCUCUGCCUUUCCCCGUUCCCCUACACGCUUUCUGCCAUUUCCAUGAUUUACGGCAAUGGUUUUUCCAGUAUGUGACAUUUUCCUUCCUGUUUUUCAGGUAUAUCAAAGAGUUUACAUGUUCCAAUUCACAUUUUUACAUCUGAGACGGGUUUUUUAAGUUCAUAAUUAUGAAAGAAAUAUGUAUAUUGAGCUUGGGGAAAUAAAAAUGGCCUUUUCUUAAAUUAUUAUUAUUGGUAAUACAACCUCUUCAUUAAAUGACAAUGUAGCAUGAAACACUUUAGGAUUGAAAUGUAGUUUUCAUUCCAUAUUAAAAUGCAGUUUCUGAGAAGCAGCAUUGAAUGGGCUAGAAUAUGUCAAAAAAAUGAUCCUGUGUAGUUUGGGUUCAGGGCUGACUUAAAAUAAAGCACAUCUUGC